GAUGGAAGCUGGGUGAGCGAGGAACCUAAGAAAAACUAUGAGGAGAUGAUAGCCAUUCAUACCCAAGCAAAAGAAGAUGGGAAGUCCUUAUCUGGUCGUGAGAUUGUUGAGAUGGUGCUGAAGAAAAAGGUCAAGUAUGGACCAAAGGAAACAGUUCGUUCGACAAGAGAGAUACAACUGGAAGCAGAAUUGCAAGAGGAAAGGGCUGAAUCUGAGAGAAGAACAAAGGAAUUUGAGGCCAAGAUACAAUCCCAAGAGGAGAAGAUACAAAUUCAGGAUGAGAAAAUACAACUUCAGGAGGAGAAGUUACAAAUG